UUGACGCCUGGAGUUGGACACCCCUGGUGUAAGUGGUCAUAAUAGUCACAAAACUUUUGAAAUGGCACUAGUGUUAAGGGGGGUCAGCCACUGAUUAAUAAUUUCCUUUAUUGCAUAUUUAAAGAUUUUUAUUUAAAUUUCUCCAUCUGCUCUGUUAAGUUGGUUUACAGAAAUGACCUUGGUGGAUAAUUUUAAUAUUGUAACUCUGCCAUUUAAGGUCAUCAAGUGCAAGGCAGCAGUGGCCUGGGAAUCCAGGAAGCCUCUGGUGAUUGAAGAAAUAGAGGUAGCCCCACCCCAGGCCAAUGAGGUCCGCGUUAAGAUUGUGGCAACAUCUCUGUGCCAUUCAGACCUGUACUUCCUUUAUGAGAGUCUGGACAAAUCGCUCUUCCCAACCAUCCUCGGUCAUGAGGCAGCCGGCAUUGUAGAGAGUGUUGGGCCGGGAGUCACGGAAUUUCAGCCAGGAGACAAGGUAAUUCCUCUUUGCCUACUCCAGUGUGGAGAAUGUCGCUUCUGUAAGAGUCCUAAGACCAACCGGUGUGAAGAAGCAAUGAAAAGGCGCGUCCAGAAAAGCACAGAACAUUCCAGGUUCACCUGUAAGGGGCAGAAACUGCAGCAAUUUAUGGGGACCAGCACCUUCUCUGAGUACACUGUGAUGAACCAGAUGGCUGUGGCUAAGAUCGACCCGGCUGCUCCUCUGGAUAAAGUCUGCCUCCUUGGGUGUGGGGUUUGCACUGGAUAUGGGGCAGCUGUUAAUACUGCUAAGGUUGAGCCAGGCUCCACCUGUGCUGUGUUUGGUCUGGGAGCUGUGGGUUUGGCUGCAGUCAUGGGCUGCAAGGCUGCAGGAGCCAAAAGGAUUAUCGCCGUUGACAUCAAUCCAGACAAGUUUGAGAAGGCCAAAGUGUUUGGAGCCACGGAGUUUGUGAACCCAAAGGAUCACAACAAACCCAUCAAUGAAGUUUUGGCUGAGAUGACAAACGGAGGUGUGGACUACUCCCUGGAAUGUGUCGGGAACGUGGCAGUCAUGCGUAGUGCCUUGGAGUCUUGUAUCAAAGGCUGGGGUGUCAGCGUGCUGGUUGGCUGGACUGAUCUCCACGACUUUGCAGCCCGACCCAUUCAGCUCAUUGCUGGACGUACAUGGAAGGGCUCUUUGUUUGGAGGAUUUAAGAGUAAGGAUGGCGUCCCUGAGAUGGUUAAAGCCUACCUGAACAAGAAGGUGAAGCUGGAUGAGUUCAUCACUCAUAAAAUGACUUUGGACCAGGUCAACGAUGCCAUUGAACUGAUGAAGCACGGCAAAUGCAUCCGGACAGUUCUGAGUGUUUCUCCACAGUAAGACCACUUCAUUCCUCAGAAAUCUGAAGCCAGGCUCUACAGUGCAUUCAGCAGAUUAUGUGCAGAUUGUGUUUGUAAGAAUUAUCAUCAGUGUUCACAUGAUCAAAAUCUGAGGAGUGUUUGUGCAGCAAAAUAAAUGGUUUUAACAGAU